AUGGUGCAUUUCCGCGCUCCAGCCACCACAAGGGCCGUCUUAGCAGCUCUAUUGCUGAUGAUCCCAUGCUCAACAUUGGCGUUUCUGGUAUCAGAAUCAACAGGUAGCCGCCGUUUAACUGCGAAAAAGCCUCUUGUGGUUUCUUUUGCCUCCAAGGAAUCUUCUGCCUCGAUAUCGGCAUCGGCCGAAGAAGAAAGAGCGUCGCGACGAAAGGAGCUGUUCAAUCUCUUGGGAUCAACUCCCUCGAAUGCACCCACUUCUCCAGACUUUACCAACUAUAUAUUGGGAGCGAUACAACGCCUCGAGCAAGUGUGUCCCACGCCGGACCAAGACGUACUGGGCAAGUUGGGAGGAACUUGGGAAUUGCUCUGGACUGCUCAAGAUAGAUCAAGUGAAGAGUACAAUACGCUAGGACCUUUGUUUACUUGGAUAAAUCCUAUUGAAGACCAAUCGUAUUCCAACAAUCCAGAUGGAAGCUCAGGGAGACUCAACCCAGUUUUACCUCGUGCCGUGCAAGAUCAAUUGGAGCGUCUGGGUCUCAUCCGCAUCGACCAAGAACUUGCCAAUGUCAAGAGCACACAAUCCAUAGACCUGCAGAAACGCCGGGUUCGGAAUAUUGUCACCUUUGCCGUUCCUGGUUUCCCGGACGCGUCCAACACCCGUCGUGCUUCGCUUACGGUGGAUAUUGAUAUUACUCCCCAUGCCAGCAAUGCCAGACGAGUCAAUGUCAAAUUUCAAGCGUGUCGCUUGAUCAUUUCCAAGAGUCCCAUCGACAUCAACUUCCCGCUUGGAUUGCUAGGUCCGACCGGAUGGUUGGUGACUGACUACAUUGACGACGACAUGCGCAUUACACGAGGGCACAAGGGUUCCGUUUUCGUCCUCAGACGACCACGAAAGUCAGCGGAGGUAUGA